AUGAUGAAGGAAGUGUGUGAAGAAACUGUCUCAGAGAAGGUUGAAUCUGAAGAAGGAUUAAAACUUUCUAACAGUGUUAAUAUCGAUUUGAAUGAGAACGAUAUAGCAAGCAAAGUUGAAGAUGGAGAAAAGGAACAAGAGGUUUAUGUGUCAGGAAAAGGUUUAAGGGAUGAUGUUACAAGUUCACAAGAUGCAACAUCUGAGGAUAUAAAAGAGACAACAAUUGGUGAACAUGUUACCACAGUUGCCUAUGUAAAGAGAGGGGCUCUGACAUUGGCGGUGCUUAGAUAG